UGUCGCUGUUUGAUGACGUAGUAAGCCUCAGUGACCGUGAGCUGUUUGACAUGUUGAACGGAAAGGAAACGUGCUGAUAACAAAAAUGAUGAAUUUAGCCGCUAUAGUGCACAAUCUCAGGUGCUCUUUGCUACGCGUGGAAAGCAGACUUCUGCAGGCGGCGGGACUCGACAGACAGCUGGCUCCAGCGCUGGCAGUGAAUGUCCCCAGCCUCCUGCCUCAGCUCGACAGGGAGGAUGAGCUGGAGGAGCAGCAGGAUCAGGAGCAGCCCCCCGGCCUCCUAGACAGUAUCCUGUGGAUGGCAGCUCCCAAAAAGAGACGCACCAUAGAGAUUAACCGCACCAGAAGGAGAGAUCCCCGCAAAAUGAUAAAAGUCAAGACCAACAUCGAGUCAUGUCCGGAGUGUGGCCACUUGAAGCAGAAACACAUCCUGUGUGGCUUCUGUUAUGCUAAAGUGAGCAAGGAGACUGCUGAGAUUCGUAAACGGAUAGCAGCGAUGGAAGGCGGCCCACGGGGGGCCCCGACUGUGGAGACUGUCAUCCUGUAUGACGGUGAAACACCAAGUGAGGCGGACAAAGACAAGAGGAUUGUGGAGAGGCCCAGGAAGAGGCCUGCCUGGUUCAGUUAUUGACACGCUGUUAAUGCUGUGUCACACACACACACACACACACACACACACACACUGAUACUUUGUAAUGUAGUAAACAUCAUAUUCUGUCCAGUCUGUAAUCCAGUAAAUGAAGGAGGCUAAUGUAUUGUUUUUGUUUCAACAAAGCAAUUGUUUGAUCAGCACUUCUUUCUGUGAACCUUCUGGACUAUUGCAUUGAUGUGUGAUGUGCAUUUUUUUUUGUCAUCUUUCAAGUGUUUGUCAUACUUUUGACCGAGACAAAUUUACUGUAUAGUUUACUGUUUGACAAUAAAUUCAUUAUUUGAAAAAAA